ACUAUUAAACAACUUGGCAAAGUUGUGAGCAUGUUCCUACAUCGGGAUGAUGUCUCAACUGUCAUAAAUGGCAAGGCUGGAGAGAUUUGUCACAAGGGACAAAUCUAUAGAAAAAGAGCACUCACAGACACAUGGCAAAUCUCCAACGACGAUUCCUUGCUGAACAUCCUGAGCAAACCGUGUCCAAAGCUCAGUUCUUUAGAUUGAGGCCAUUUUGGAUUAUUAGGCCUACAGUUAAAGACAGAGAGACGUGUGCAUGUAAAAUGCACAAGAACAUUGACUUUAAAAUAACAAGACUGCAACAACUGGGAAUCAUUGAAAAAUCAAGCCCAGAGGAUCUUGUGCAGUCCAGUGUGUGUGACACUGGCAACAUGUCCUGCAUGUAUGACAGAUGUCAAAAAUGCAUUGAAAAGACAUUUCCCACAUCCUUAGAUCCUCUCACUCAGGGGAACACUGUCAUUUGGCAAGAGUGGAUUACAAGGUCUGUCACUGUAACAAAGACCCUCAAGGAUGAAUCUAUAGAGGAAAGGCAGACAAAGAAAACCGUCCUCGAAAAGCGUACCUCAUCCAUCGAGCGGUUGCUGGCCCUAACAACAGAACAACUUCCAGGUUUUGCCAUUCACAUGUUUAAUGUCAAGCACCAAUAUUUGACAUUGAAAGCAAUGAAAAAUACCCUAACAGAUGAUGCUGUUGCUGUGCAUGUGGAUUACAGCGAGAAUUACAGCUGCAAAUAUGCUAAAGAAAUCAAGGACACCCAUUUUGGAACUGGGAAUGAUCAGGUAACCCUCCACACCGGGGUAUUUUAUCUCAGUAGGGGCAGAGUGGAAGCCUUUGCAUCCCUCUCAGUCUGCCUACAGCACGAUGCAGUGGCAACCUGGGCUCAUCUUGACCCAGUGCUGAAAUACAUACGAGGAAAGUAUCCUGAAGCCCACAACCUACAUUUAAUUUCAGAUGGCCCAACUUCACAGUAUAGAAACAAAACAUCUUUCUAUCUAGCCUCCACUGUGCCCUUUAUAUGCAUGGAUUUCAAUGGGUGACCUGGAACUAUACUGAGGCAUCACAUGGCAAACGUGCACCAAAUGGAGUAGGUGGGGCCUUGAAGAAUCUUGCAGACAGAAUUGUUUCUUAUGGGACCAGUAUUCCUGAUGCAGAGUCUCUGCAUGAGCAUCUGAAGAACAAUUCAUCAGUGACUCUGUACAAUGUAUCAGAGGAGAAAAUAAAGAACAGCUGUGAAUUGGUUCCCCCUAACCUGAGACACUGAAAAAUACACCAACUGACAUCCACAAAACCGGGAGUCAUAAACACACGGGAGGUGUCAUGCUUUUGUGGAAAAAAUUGCCAGUGCUUUUCUGCAAAUUGCCAUGUGUUCUAUGAGGGAAGAGAUGAGGACCCUGACAAAACCGAGGCCACCAAAGAGGUUGGACAGUGGGUCCUGGUUGAAUACGAUGGUGACUUGUUCCCUGGUACAGUCACACAGAUUGCUGAAGGGCAGUAUGAAGUCGAAACCAUGACUUGUGCAGGGGAAAACCGCUUCUAUGUGCCAAGCAUCAGAUUUCCAGGAGAAAGGGUCUGGUACUAUCGUCAGGACCUAAUCCCAGAACCACUUCCUGUCACCUCCUAGACAUUUCUGCAUUUUACCUGACAUAUGGGCAAAACACAAAAAAUGCUCAUGAAUGAGCUGGGGGAAAACGUGAUUGUUACAAAGCACUCGUUCCAGUUGUUUGUUUUAGUUGUUUGACCAACUCAUAAAUUGAGUUGCUGCAAUUCAAGUUCUUCACAUGAAAUUAUUCUCAGAAAAAAGUUAUGUGGUUGAAUGUCAGGACCAAUGUAUUUUUAGCUAAACUAAACAAAUUUUACAAGAGCAGAUGAUGCUGUUACAUUUAAAUGUUUCUCAGGACCACAUGAUGGUAUGUUACAUUGAAAAAUUUCUCAAGAACACAUGAUUGUAUCUUAUACUAGAAUGCUAAUAUUUAUAUUAAUGGUUGUAUAUUUGUUAUUGCUACAGUGUAGGCUAAAUGACAUGAUUCUUUAUGACUGUAACUUGUAUAC